UAAAACCCCAAAGAAAAAAAGCUUGUCAGACGAAAACGUGUGGGACCAGAGGUAUCUCCAGACAGUACAGGAGCUUGAUAACGUUGGAGGCCGAAGAACAGAGGGCAUUUCGGUUAAUAUUCUACAGUCGUGAAUGCAUUACAUGUCAUUUUUUAUAACCACGAAAGGGUCUUCUUGACAAGCGACAGAGCGCCUGGUCGCACCACGCCACAGCUGACUGACAGAUCGCCGAUCGUAACUGACGUUGGGGAGUGGAGCGAAGAAACGAAGAAAGUUAUCGGUCUCUUGGGCCGUUGUCUGUUUAGCACCAACGUGGCUAAUAAAACACUAACAUAUAUACAUCAAUUGUAUAAUGGCGGACUACCUGAUCAGUGGACAGACUGGUUACGUGCCCGAUGAUGGACUCAGCGGGCAGCAACUCUUCAACUGCGGGGACGGCCUUACCUACAAUGACUUCCUGAUUCUCCCAGGGUACAUUGACUUCACAUCGGAACAGGUGUGAAUACGACCGAAGAUUCCAUUUAAGAUUACAAGGAAGACCUUCCCAUUGUAAUCUUGAUUGGCAACCGAGCGCCGUGAAAGGAUUUGACUUCAGCCCUGACGAAGCGGAUCACCAUGAAAACGCCUUUUGUAUCCUCCCCCAUGGACACGGUCACAGAGUCAGCGCUGGCCAUUGCCAUGGCACUCACAGGAGGAAUAGGCUUCAUCCACCACAACUGCACUCCAGAGUUCCAGGCCAACGAGGUCCGCAAGGUCAAGCGGUACGAGCAGGGUUUUAUCACAGACCCGGUGGUGAUGAGUCCUACAGACCGUGUGGCUGACGUGUUCCAGGCCAAGGCACGCCACGGCUUCUGCGGCAUCCCCAUCACAGACAGCGGCCACAUGGGCGGGCACCUCGUUGGCAUCAUCUCCUCGCGGGACAUUGACUUCCUGAAGGAGGAGGAGCACAUCCUGCCACUCAACGAGGUGAUGACAAAGCUUGAGGACCUUGUGGUAGCUCCAGCUGGAGUGACACUGAAAGAGGCCAAUGAGAUCCUGCAGAGGAGUAAGAAAGGUAAGCUUCCCAUAGUGAACAAGGAGGGCUGCCUGGUGUCCAUCAUCGCCAGGACAGACCUGAAGAAGAACAGGGACUUCCCACUGGCCUCUAAAGACUCACGCAAACAGCUGCUGUGUGGGGCAGCCAUCGGGACGCACAACGACGACAAGUACAGACUGGACCUGCUGGUGCAGAGCGGAGUAGAUGUGGUCGUACUAGACUCCUCUCAAGGGAACUCGAUCUUCCAAAUCAACAUGAUUAAGUACAUCAAAGAGAAAUACCCACAGCUUCAGGUCAUUGGAGGCAAUGUGGUAACUGCAGCCCAGGCCAAGAACCUGAUCGACGCCGGGGUGGACGGCCUGCGAGUGGGCAUGGGCAGUGGCUCCAUCUGCAUCACACAGGAAGUGUUGGCAUGUGGGCGUCCCCAGGCCACCGCCGUGUACAAGGUGUCUGAGUACGCCCGUCGAUUCGGGGUGCCAGUCAUCGCCGAUGGGGGCAUCCAGACCGUGGGGCACAUCGCCAAAGCCCUGGCACUUGGGGCAUCUACAGUGAUGAUGGGCUCUCUCCUAGCUGCCACCAGCGAGGCUCCAGGUGAAUACUUCUUCUCUGACGGCAUUAGGCUGAAGAAAUACAGAGGCAUGGGCUCACUGGAUGCCAUGGACAAGAACUUGGGCUCCCAGACCAGAUACUUCAGUGAGUGUGACAAGAUCAAGGUGGCCCAGGGUGUGUCGGGGGCGGUCCAGGACAAGGGCUCUAUCCAUAAGUUUAUUCCCUACCUGCUGGCUGGGAUCCAACACUCCUGUCAAGACAUCGGCUCCAAGAGCCUCACCCAGCUCAGAGCCAUGAUGUAUUCUGGGGAUCUGAAGUUUGAGAGGAGGACGACAUCGGCCCAGAUGGAGGGAGGAGUCCACAGCCUGCACAGUUAUGAGAAGUGCCUGUUCUAAAGAAGAGAACAACAGUCGUGGGCUGCAGACUUGUUUUCCUCAAGCAUACGCACAUGAAAGCACACACAACUACUUGACAACCCCCCCCACACACACACACACACACACACACACACUAACACAAAUGUCAGUUAUGCCUAAACCAUCAGUCUUCCCCUUCUGUUGUUCCCUAUCGAUGCUGAGGGAGAGCAGAGCAUGUCUGUCUUGUCUAUCCGUCAGUAUUGUGAUGGAGUGUUUUGGUGUUAUCAGAUGCCUUCCAUGUCCUACUGAUGUGAAUAAGUCAAAUAAAAAUGUUUUUUUCCACGUU